UUCGGCGCGCACAAUGGCCUGGACUAGCGGCGGAGCCCAUACCUCGCCUGGGGCGGAGCGGGCCGCGGAGCACGCGGAACGCUGAGCGCCUGCGCCCGCCGAGUGUUCCGGCGCCGGGCCAUGCACUCGGGGAACCGCAGCGGCGGCCUGGACUCCUGGGAGGGCGGCGGGGCUGCGGGCGCCGAGGGGCCGGGGCUGGCGGGAACGCUGAGCCCCGGUUCGGUUUUCAACCCGAGCACCUACGAGCGCCUGGCGCUGCUGCUCGGCUCCAUCGGGCUGCUGGGCGUUGCCAACAACCUGCUGGUGCUUGUAUUUUACUACAAAUUCCAGCAGGUCCGCACUCCCUUCUACCUCUUCCUGGUUAACAUCAGCUUCAGCGACCUGCUGGUGUCCUUCUUCGGAGUCACCUUUACCUUCGUGUCCUGCCUGAGGAACGGCUGGGUCUGGGACACCGUGGGCUGCGUGUGGGACGGGUUUAGCAGCAGCCUUUUCGGGACUGUUUCCAUGACCACGCUAACUGUGCUGGCCUAUGAACGUUAUAUCCGUGUGGUCCAGGCCAGAGCGAUCGAUUUUUCCUGGGCCUGGAGGACCAUUACCUACAUCUGGCUAUACUCGCUGGGCUGGUCAGGAGCGCCUCUCCUGGGCUGGAACAGGUACAUCCUGGACGUGCACGGACUAGGCUGCGCUGUGGACUGGAAAUCCAAGGACGCCAAUGACUCCUCCUUUGUGCUCUUCCUAUUUCUUGGCUGCCUGGUGGUGCCGGUGGUAGUCAUAGCCCAUUGCUAUGGCCACAUUCUGUAUUCCGUUCAAAUGUUUCGUUGUGUUGAAGAUCUUCAGACAAUUCAAGUGAUCAAGAUUUUAAGAUAUGAAAAGAAAAUGGCCAAAAUGUGUUUUUUAAUGAUAUUCACCUUCCUGAUUUCUUGGAUGCCUUAUAUUGUGAUCUGCUUCUUGGUGGUUAAUGGUUAUGGGCACCUGGUCACUCCAACAGUGUCUAUUGUUUCAUAUCUCUUUGCUAAAUCAAGCACUGUAUAUAAUCCGGUUAUUUAUAUCUUCAUGAUCAGAAAGUUUCGAAGAUUCGUUUUACAGCUCCUAUGUUUCCGACCGCUGAGGUGCCGGAGGCCUGAUACGGACCUACCAGCAGGUGGGAGUGAAAUGCAGAUCAGACCCAUUGUGAUGUCACAGAAAGACGGGGACAGACCCAAGAAAAAAGUGACUUUUAACUCUUCCUCCAUCAUUUUUGUCAUUACCAGUGAUGAAUCACUAUCGGUUGAUGACAGCGACAAAAUCAAUGGGUCUAAGGCUGAUGGGAUCCAAGUGCGACCUUUAUAAGAAUAAAUAAUGGUAAUGAAAGAAAGGUACUUAAACUGAACGCCACGUUUAGGUGUUAUAAGGACUACUUAGAAAUCCCCAUUCUGUGUAAUAUCAACAACUUUUGUGACCCAGCAGGAAAUCCCAAUUGCCCAUUAUGUUCUCAAGCCUCUGGAAGCAAUUGAGCAAGUCGAUUUAUUAUGAUUCAUUGGGUGCUUUACACAGUGAAAGACCACUCAUGGCACAUGAUGGGUAUCUGGCACCGUCAAUUUCUAACAUGUUAGAAAUUUUCAUUUCAAAUAUAUUUUUUAAAUGACUGUAUUUUCCAAGGCACAUAAUACAUUUUUCUCAAAUAUAAGUAGCUGUAAAAAUAACUUUGUCUUAUACACAGGUGUGAAAUAGCUAGAAAAUUUUAAAUUUUCUUUAAUGUUGGGUUCUACUCAUCCCAUCUAAUGUUUGACCAAUCAAAUUGAUCAUAGACGAUUCUAGGAUGAGAAAGAAAAUCAACCCCCUAACUUUCUGAAACACAAGACUAUUGCUAUAUGUUAGUAUGAUAAAGAGGAGCUUCAGACAAAUGUCCUACUCAGCAAGCUCUAGAAGAUACUAUCAAAAAGGAACAUGGCAAAGAAAACAGGAUGGUGAGUUUCAAGUAAUCAUGGUGUGUAGGCAAUCAUACAUUGGUAGAAGACAUACAUGCUAACCGUGUGGAUGGCAGAUGGAUAUCUCCGUCUAUAUCAUUUCAAACAUGAACAUGGUAGAAUUAUCCUCUCCUUUUAAUAAUUUCCCACAAUUUUGCCAAGGAUUCAGGAUUUAGUUAAGGAGUUCCAACAAAAUAUUGGACCUACAUUGGAAGGGGGAUAAAAGUAAGUGUAGAACUGUAUGCAUAAAAUGUAUUAUUUAGUCUUUAUUACUCUUUGAUCAGUACACUAGAUAAUUACUAGUCAGUGUAAGUGUAGAGGUCAUUUUCCAGGAGUCAUUGUUUAGACUAGAAUUCAAGGAUUUCUUUGACAAUAUAGAAAAACAGUAAAUCAUUUCAUUGUGUCAUCUAGUUUUUAUUUCUUAGAUGACUGUCCUACUACGGUUGCAUCUUCAUAAUUAAUCAUGUUUGAAAGACUUCUAAAUGAUUCAGUCAGCCUAUUGAAGGAGAAACCAAAGAGAACAUUUUUACUAAGUGAACGUUUAAAAAUCAAGUUCAUUUCCGGUUCUGCCACGGCAUGUAGUUCAAGUAUAAGUUAGUAAAUUGCUUCGAAUUGUUGGAAAUAGAAUAAAAUUUGGCUUCAUAUUUUUACAA